AUGGAGGUCUCUUCAAAUUUUCCCUCCUCGGACUUAGAAGUUUCAGAAGGCCACUCGCUUAAAAGCUCGAUCUAUAAGAACAUCAAGUCGUCUCCCAUCAGCAAUAUUUUGGAACCCCCGCAAACCCAAUUUCUUCUGGAUGAGGAUGAAAAGUUCUCGCUAGCCAAAAUUACCUCCGCUAAAAAGGCACUUAAGGUGCUUAUGAAAGCAAAAAUCAUCGACGGCAGGGAGUUUGUUGUGUUGACUGGCCUGACGCCAACACUAGUCAACUCACUUUGGAACCUGCUCAGCAUGGAGUACCCCAAAAUCCGCAAAUCAUCAGACCCCCGCAAAGGCAUCCUCGAGCUUAAGGUGCCCACCUGGAUGCAUGAAGAGGUCCAUGAUUGGCUAUGGAUUUGCCGCGAAAUGUGGAAUGAGCAGAACUUGCUCACCGUCAAUGAAAAACGGGAUUUGCGAAUGCUACCAUCACCAGCUGUUGAUCUACGGGGCCCCGCAAAAAUUGCCGCUGCCCCGAAAAAAGAACCCGAUACCGCAAUUAUCUCAUUACGCGCUCCCCCGUCCGCCGUUGGCAAAAGCCCAAUCCCAAGCAUAAUGGUGGAGACCGGAUACUCCCAAGGGUACACCAGCCUGCAAGAAAACAUGCGACGAAUCUUCUGGGGAGGCUCCCCGGAAAUCCAGCUAGUGGUGAUUGUGAAAUUCACGAAGCUAGCCCAUACAGUAAAGGGUCGGAUCGAAUUCUGGAGAAGAGACGCGACAGGAACUCCUGUCAAAGAUGAGGAGCGGACAAUCUUCCCAGCACCUAUCAUUCCUCAACCAACCCUUUCCUUCACUCGCGCUGAGCUGUUCGGCCCAGCCUUCCUCUUCCCAAACCGAAAUCCUAAUGACGCCUUCCCUCUGGACCUCGAUGAACUACGCCGAUCGAUCACUAUUUUCUUAUCUCACAAAGGGCUGGUGCCAGCCUGA